AUGUCCACACAGCAAGUAAGUAUCAAGCAUUCCAGGAUAUCUGUACAUGUCGACAAGGUUGUCAGAACCAAGGGAGGUGGACGCAAGGUUACCAAGGUCAGGAACAUUGUCGACAACCCAUAUCACUUCUUACUCGAGCCUUUAAAGGCAGGCAAGAGUAAGCUGAUGAAGUACUAUGUCAAGUGCGACUUCACCGACUGUUACUACGCAGCAACUUUUGCUGACCCAACAACCAAACUCAACUUGUUUGAGCAAUGUUGGUCUAAAGAUAAUGAUUAUCUCAAGCUUGCCAAGGACACAUGCAAGGCCACAUUCAAUCACUACUAUAUGCAACCUCCUGAGACAGAAGCAACUGGGGAGAAGAAGAAUAGAGCAAGUGUCUUCUUCAAGGGCAGUAAACAAGACGAACCCAAUACAAACACAACCAAGUCGAGGACAGAGUAUGAGGAAUACCUUGCCGCGCCAAGAGAGGAAUGCCUUACUGCAUUGGAGUAUUGGAGGAGAUAUGAGCAUCUGUAUCCUACUGUGGCAGCCAUAGCCAAGGACUAUCUUGCCAUAUCUUGUUCAUCUGUGUUCUUGGAGCGCCAGUUCAAGCAUGGACCAGACAUGGUAACAGCCAACAGGAACCGUCUUAAGCCCAAGACAAUAGGCAAAUCGUUUGUUACUCGCAAGUUACAGGCGUUCUUGACCAACAACAAUCAAUCAAUAAACCAAGUGUCAUCAAUUCUUGAACUUGAACUUGAAUGUGAUUCAAGAUUCAAGUCAAGUUCAAGAAUGAUUACUUAA